CCCUUGCAGGUGGUGGAGCGCGUGGGGCUGACGUACAUCAUGGAGCACGCGCCGCACAUGCACCGCGACAACCUGGGCCUCACGCAGGCGGAGGCCCACGCCCAGUACAUCCGGGAGGCGUCGCAGCAGGAGGCGCCGCACAACCUCCACAUCUACCAGCUGCGCUACAAGAAGCAGGACCCUUCGCCGCAGGUCGCCCUCGCCAUCUGCGCCAAAGGGGUCGAGAUAUACGAGGAGGAGAUGGGGCCCAUCACCCCGUCUCGCAAGCUGAUCUCAUCCUUCCAGUGGUCCAACAUCGGGAAAAAUUAUCCUUCGAGGUAAGUCCUGCUUCCUUUUUUGCUGCCACGAC